GUUUCGAUAUCUUCACACUCGAACACGAUUUCGAAAAUUAUUUUGCAAGUUUAAAAGAACGGAUGAUCUUGAACUCAAUAAAAUCAAUUCAAACAUGGCAUCCGAAUUCUUUUUGACUCAUGACGAACUUGAAAGCUGCGUGUUGGAGGAGAGUAAAGAUAAUGGAACGAAGCAGUGGGUUUUGUGCAAUUCAGCUAACGCAGUUGAAGGAAAGACAAACUACACAGUUGUCUUUUUAAAGAAAUUAAGCGAUUUGUACAAGGGCAUAGUUGGAUGGAGCCAAUCUUUCCGCAAAAAAUCGAAAUCGGGAAUUAUGACAUCCAAAUGGGUUUGUCCACAUGGAGAUUCUAUUUCGGUACGUGUACAUCAAGCUGAUUUAAAACCGAAAAAGGGUCACUCAACAAGCUUCACCACCAAGACUGAAUGUAAAGAUUGUAAAGCUCAGAUCGCUGGCCGCAAUGGGGAGGUUGAAGACAACGUACAAGUUUCGAAGGAAGAUGAUGGAACUCCCGCAGCAGAAAAAAAAAGAAAUGAGGUUCUUGAAAUUCUCGUGAAAUUGCGUCAGGGAAUGAAUGAAAUCGCAAAGCAGACGAUUCUUGGAGCAUUAGAUGCAACUUUAUCUUAUACAUCAACUGAUGACAAGCUGGAAUGUAUGAUUAACAGCAUACCUUUAAUAGCAGGACAAAUCCAAGCAUUUUUAUUGAAUGAACGGAACACACUAUUAAUGAAAAUGGAAGAAGAAGAAGCAUUGAAACAAAACCAGGCUCAAGAAUAAGACAACAAUCUGACAAAGAUUUAAAUGUAUGACACAAAAAAUUGCUAUUUGAAAUAAUAGAAAAUAAUCUCGUUUCAUAUCACACUUAUUUGUUAUGUCGUUUGAAAUUAUUUAAUUAUAGUAAAAAUCAUCACUUUCCAGGGAGAAAAU